UGAUUGGCUACUCUGUGUUAGUGCUCAGCUCCUGCUACACUUUCAGUCGGUUUACUCACACACACAGUUUAACAGUCACAGAGCUGCUGAUGAAGAUGAAGGAGCUGCUCCUCUUCCUCUCCUGUGUCCUCUGUGUCUCUGCCUAUGGUCUGCACGGUGAUGUUCACAUAAACGGCUGUUCAGACUUUGAUGCAGAGGACAUGUAUGGACUGGAUGGGGAGGAGGUUGCCUACGCAGACUUUAACAACCACAUGGAAGUCUACAUUCUGCCUCCUUUUGCUGAGCCUAUGAUUUACCCCGGAGCUUAUAAACAAGCUGUGACUGAGCUGAAGGUCUGCAGACACAACCUGAAGGCUCUCAGCGCGGUGAUGAAGGACUACCCUUCCAAUAACCAUGCUCCUUCAGCUGUGAUGAUCUACACCAGAGAUGAGGUGGAGUUUGGAGAGGAGAACACUCUGAUCUGUCAUGUGACUGGUUUCUAUCCUGCUCCUGUCAACGUCUCCUGGACCAAGAACGGACAGAAGGUCACAGAAGGAUCCAGCACCAACGUUCCCUAUCCCAAUAAAAAUGGACCCUUCACCCAGAUCUCCAGACUGCAGUUCACCGCACAGCUGGGAGACAUCUACAGCUGCACAGUGCAACAUCUGGCCCUGACUGAACCACUGACCAAGAUCUAUAGCCCCAUCGGUGACCCAGGCCUGCGUACUGCCGGUGUUGCUCUCCUCCACAGGCUCUGGGCCUGCUGAUCUGUGUUGUACCCUUCAGUUGGUGAGCUCCUUCAUCUGUGAGCAGUUAUCUGUUUGCCUUCAUGUCAGGAGAGUCGUUAUUGCGAGUGUGUGCAAACAUCAGUUAGUAAGUAACUGUUUUCAUUUGCUCCACUUUUUCUCUUCCUGUGAGCUCGACCUCUUCUUACUCUCCCUUUUCUUUCUCUUGUUUCUGAAUUCUCCUUUUUAACUUCCUUUUCCUCUCACUUACAUGUUUCCUCUUUCACAAACUGUCUAAUCACUCUCUCCAGUGUGUGUGUGACUUCCUACAUCUCUUACUUUCUCGUUCUCAGUUUAUUCCUUAAACAUAUAAAGUGCAAUUUGCUUCUUUUGUUGGGCAGUAAAAAUCCCUCUGAUGUUGUGGGACUCUCAAAAACUUCAAUAAUUCCUGGUUGAAGCCUGACACUCUGGGCUUUACAGGGUGAAGGCCUCGUGUUUCAUGCUCCUCUGAUGCUCUUUGAAAUGUUGUUUCUAUUUUAGCUCUAGAAGAAGGAUUACACACAGUCUGAGCACCAUCAAGG